AUGGAACGAUCUAGAGACAAGCAUGGACGAUUAGUUGCGGACCGCAAACGAUUCCCUAGUGGAAUAAAAAACCUUGCUAAAUAUAUGCAUGAUAGAAAUCUUGAACUUGGCAUUUAUGAGGAUCUUGGGACGAAAACUUGCGAAGGAUACCCAGGAAGCUUGAACCAUAUCAACAUCGACGCCAAAACCUUCGCUUCUUGGGAUCCCCGAGACUGA